AUGGCAGACACCAAUCAUGAUGACGACUUCAGCGACAACAGAACAAUGCCACCAAGACACCACGAAGUUGAUACUGAGAUUUAUACCUGGAAAGAAAAUAGGAAACCAGACGCCGCACUUAAUCAACUAGAAAGAAAACAACACAGCACAAAACUGUUACAAUCGACGACUAGAAAACGCACUCAAUCGCCUAGAAAAAAAUUGGGGUUAGAUACGGAACAACAGGGAAAAAUACCUGAAAUCAGAAGUGAAAUCCAAGCGAAAUCAGAAACGAAAAAUCCACCUAUCUAUAAUGGCGACACGGCGCAAAACAAACACCUAAACUGA